GAGAGAGAGAGAGGGGGUAAACUUUGCAUUCAUCAGACUGGCCCACUUGCUCCGUUCAACUGUAAUGGGUAUGAAGAAGACUGUUUAAUGUGGGGAGAACAUGUAAGAGAACAAAACUAGAAGCACACCACCUUCUUCGGAACCAACAGGAAGGCGCCUCAGAAUAAUUUCAGAAGGGUUACCUGUUCUGGUUUCUCCUCAGGAGGGAUAUAUGGUUCUCGUGAAGUUUGUUUCAAAAGCAAGAACUGGAAAUUACUGGAUUUUUAAGUAUUCAGGUAAUAGAUUACUUGACUGUUUAUACGCUCUGAAACUUGCCUUGCAAUAUUUCUCGAGUUGAGGGAGUGACGUUCUGCCUGAACUCACAUACAGGCAGCAUUGGUCAGCACCUGUGUAAGUUCACUGCCUGCUAAUCAGGAAAUUUACUAGACCUUGGGUGACCACUGGUUUCUGGACAGUGUGAUCUUUUGAUAUUGGUGAGGUGAGAGUGUGUACAAACAAUGGUUGAGGGUGCGUGUGAGCUCAUUGGCUUUUGCCUGGGCGUCGUGGGUCUGAUCGGGGCUUCAGCUGUCACCGGUCUUCCCAUGUGGAAGGUGACAGCUUUCAUCCAGGAGAACAUCAUCGUCAUGGAGACGCGCUGGGAAGGUCUGUGGAUGAACUGUUACCGCCAGGCCAACAUCCGCAUGCAGUGCAAAGUGUACGACUCACUGCUUUACCUGCCGCCUGAGCUCCAGGCUGCUCGAGGUCUGAUGUGUUGCUCGGUUGCAUUGAGCUUUCUGGGAUUGGUGGCAUCCAUGCCAGGCUUGCGUAGCAUUUCCUGCUUUUCUGAACAACCACGGAUUAAAUCUUUGAUUAUUGCAGUUGCUGGUUCAAUGGAGAUCAUGGCUGCCAUUUGUGUCCUCAUUCCUGUAUCCUGGACAGCUCAUACCAUCAUCCGGGACUUUUACAACCCACUGGUACUCGAUGCUCAACGCAGGGAACUUGGUGAAGCUCUUUACAUUGGCUGGGUCACUGCAUUCAUCCUCUGUGCCUCUGGUGUUGUUUUCCUCGCAUGCCGGAGCUACCAAUCAAACAACAAUCCACUUUAUCAGUCUGUUUACGCUCCUAAUAGAUUAAAGACAUCACAUUUCCAACCCCUUGCUCCAACCCCAAGCUCAAUCAGCUCAAUUUCCCACCAGCCUCUGCUUCUGAGUCACCACAGCUUUUCUUCUCAGCAGCCGUCUCCGUUGGCAUUCAACGUCCCUGCAGCGCCCUCUGGUGGACAAGGUCCACUUUACAAUGUUCCUGUGGUUUAUCCUGCUAACAUGGUGCCUGUUCAACAUCAUCCAUCUCUGUACAGCUCACACGACUCAGGGAUAAUCACCAUACCAAUAAAUCCUCUCCGUUCAGGCACGGUCUCUACCCACCCGAGUCUUCAUUCCGCACCUCCUGCUGCAGGGUAUGAUGGGAGCUUUGGCACUGCCGUACAGCCCACUGUACCUUUUCAACCAAUGUACAGACAAAUGAAUGCUGGAUCACACCAGCUCUCCAGUACACACUCAAGCUCAGGAAUAUAUAUAUAAACAUAAACUUUUACCACAGUACACAUUCUUUAGAAAUAACUCUGUAAAACAUACCACUAAGACUUUAAAUUUAUUAGGUAACAAACAUUAAUUAAAAAAAAAAAAUCAGUGAAUCAAUCUAUAAUCUCUGGGACAUAUACAGAGUCUUUGACUUCAGUCCAAAGUUUCUCAUAUAAAGAGUCAGUUUUAUGAAGCUGCUCAAGUUAAAUUUCUGCGAUUUUUCAGAGAAAUGAUCAUCCAGAGGUUAGAACAGAGGUGUCAGAGAUGAAGAUUUUUAAUAUUGUCUAUUAUUUAAUUUGCAGGGAUUAAUGUGAUAAUAACAACAAGGACAGCAAGCUAAAAAAAAAUUGUUUCUUUUUUUCAGUCCAUAUUUUCUAUCUCUAGUUUUUUUUAAAGGAGGCACUAAACAUUCCUUUGUUUCCUUCACUGUAAUUAUCACAUGAAUCACUGCAAAUUUAACGAUAUGGCUUCCACUCUCAAUGUUCAGCAUCUUAUACAUUAGCACUUGAUCCAGCACAUCUUUUUUUACUAUGCACACCAACAGUUCUUUCUACACACACCAGAUACUUGACAAUAACCAGUGAUAAUACAGUGAUAAUAAUGUUUUCUAGCUGUUGAUGUUAAUUGUAUUUGUUUUCUUCAUUCAUCAAAGGAUUUUUUUUGUUUUUAGACAAAACAUUUCUUUGAAUUCAUGUCAUUGUAGGACAUUGUGUUGAUGAAUGCAGGACAAUGCAUUUUUUAAUUACUGCAGUGUGUAUAUUAUAUAAGAGGAAAAGUACUGAGAUUCUUUCAUUAUAGUGAUAUGAUCUACCAAUAUGUAUGUAAAUUAAGAGUUAAGAUAAGCAUUAAAAUACUCAAAAAGC